UUGUACGGGCAGCUAUUUUCUAGAAACAGUGGCACCGUGGUGAUAACAUUCUCGAAGCAGUCUACCUGUUCAUUAAUUUAAGGAGACAAUCAUAACAUACGACUAAGUGCUGUACAAUAUGAUAAGAUUAGUACUGGCGCUAUUCCUCGUGGGAUGCGCAAAGGUUCAAUCGCAGACAAACCCCUGCCUAGGAGUGCCAAACUAUCAGUUCGUGCCCCAUGAAACAGAUUGUUGGCGCUAUUAUACCUGCGUUAAUGGGCAAGCCUUUGCAUUUGAAUGUGUAGAACCAUUUAUUUUCAGCCAACCCAAACAAAUGUGCGAUUAUGGUGAUCGAACAGCAUGUGUCACUUGUCCUGCGACUGGUAUAGCAAACUUCCCAAUAAUCGGUUCCUGCACUAGAUUCGUUCAAUGUAUCGAAGGAAAUCAGUUUGAGCGUGUUUGUCCACCGGGUACGAUGUUUGAUAAAAUUAUGCAACAAUGCAACUUACAGUCGGCAGUCGAUUGUAUUGAAUGUCCUGCAGUGGAUGAUCCACAAAAUCCAACGUUCAUACCUGAUUUGAGUGAUUGCCGAAACUACUACAUCUGUGUAGGUGGACAAGGAAUUCAACAACGAUGCCCAGAACAAACCCGAUUUAAUCCGCAGCUAAACGUGUGUGAUCUCGAAAGUGUGGUUCCAUGUCCAAGUGCUCCUGUCCUACUUGAAACAAGUCAAGCAUCCAGUGGCGCAUUGUGCCAAAACAACAGUGGAAUGACCUUUGAGCCCCUUCCAAACAACUGUAAUUCCUAUAUUAUGUGUCUUAAUUCCGUGGCAUACGAAAUGUCCUGUCCCGCCGGCAAAUCCUUUGAUCGAAAAACUAAACUGUGCUUGGAGACCGGCGAAGCGGAAUGUUUGCUUAACUUCAAAUCGCUUUGUGAUGGCACAGGCUAUGGUUUAAACACCGUCGCCUAUCCAAAUAACUGCUCGAAGUACCUCUUGUGCAUCUUUGAUGAAGUUUACGAAAUUCAGUGCUCUCCGCACGAACGAUACGAUAUUACAACGAACCGUUGUAUGGACGCAAGCAAAGCAGUCUGUGCAUACGACACUCCCUCAAUCUCUGAUCCGAAACCGUUCAUUAAUCCAUGUGCAAAUAAUGAAGGAGUCAAUUUAGUACCCGAUCCUUCAAACUGUAAGCAAUAUUUUACCUGUGUGCUAACGCAGAGCUUCGAAAGUACUUGCCCCGGAAACCAAAUAUUCGACAUUGUUUCAAGUAGUUGCGGUCCUGCGCAGCAUUCGACGUGCAUUCGUGAUGUCGCCCCGGCACCACAACCACCACCGCCGCCAGCGCCGGCUCCAAACCCUGCACCACCUGCACCAGCACCAGCUCCCUCUAACCCUAACAAUCCCUGCCGAAACAAUAAUGGUGUCACCUACAAACCUCAUGCAAUCGAUUGCUUGCGGUACUACAUGUGUAUGGACACGCAAUCCAUCGAGCGAACAUGCCCAACCGGUCAGGUGUUCGAUGUCUACCUAACAUCUUGCGGUCCGCAACAGUCUUCCACAUGUAUCCUGGACAUUAAUCCUUGUGACAAUAACAAAGGUAUUGUUUAUAAGCCACAUCCUAGUGAUUGUACGUUGUAUUACAUGUGCAUGGAUGCGCAAUCCAUCGAUCGAUCAUGCACAGCUGGUCAAAUUUUCGAUAUCUAUCAAUCUGCUUGCGGACCAGAGCAAACUUCCACAUGCAUACUGGAUGAACCAGCAAUGGAACCAUAUCCCCCACCACCGCCACCUGCGGUUAACCCUUGUGCUAAUAAUGUCGGAAUAUCUUAUUUGCCACAUCCGCAAGACUGCAACCGAUACUAUAUGUGUAUGGACAACCAAGCUCUGGACCGAAAUUGCGCAGCCGGCGAAAUAUUUGAUAUUUACACAACCAAAUGUGGAUCUAUUGGGUCGUCAACCUGCAUCUCGAAUCCGACACCUCCAAUAAACCCCGGAGAUAUCCCUACGCCUCCAACGCCACCACCGAACUUAACGCCCUUAUUCGGUUGCCCUGCAACUGGCACCGUCAAUGUGCCUCAUCCACUUGAUUGCAACAUGUAUUACCUUUGCGUCGAAGGUCAAGCAUUUCCACUCAGCUGCGGUCCCAAUCUUAUAUUUGAUGUAGUAACUAGCCAGUGCAACAGACCAGAAGUCUCAAUAUGUGCUCUAGACCUUGUCACUCCUCCUACUGCCGGACCGGGUGAUGCGACACCGGCACCGACAGGACCAACGGUUCCAACACCACCCACGGUAGGCCCUCCAACAGAACCCAUACCCACAGCUCCUACUCCACCCGCUACGGAAGGAGACGAUCCAACCGUUCCAACAGUUGGACCAACCGUUCCUACUGCUCCUACUGUGACAGCCACUGUUCCUACUGCACCAUCGGAAGUACCCACAGCACCAACACCCAUUCCAACUGUGGGCCCAACACCAGCUCCAUCUCCCAUACCAACUGCUCCUUCGCCCUCUCCAACAGUUAUAACAACUACUACACCUAUCCCGACUCCGCAACCUACUCCUGUGCCAACUCCUGUACCAACUCCGGCACCUACUCCUGUGCCAACUCCUGCACCAACACCCGGCCUUCCUGGUACUCCACCUCAUUGCCCAUCCGAUCAAACGUUUUACCACCCUCACCCGGACUGCACGAGGUUCUACCGCUGUGUGUGGGGCACGUUGCACGUCAUGCAAUGUCCACCUAAUCAGUACUGGAACCAGGAAAGGGAGUUCUGCGAUCAUCCAUUCAAUGUGAACUGCCCCUCUUCAGCCAAAUAGUAACGUUUUCAUUUAGCUUCGUCAGCAGGAAUGUCACAUUAAAUGCCACUAUUUCUUAAAUCUGAUUGAAGAUAGUAAUUGUUAAAGGUUGUGCUUAUCCGAAAAAA